AAAGAGGGCGACCCACCGAACCGAACAAGAAACAAAACUAGAGAGGAACUCUCCCGUCGUCGUCUCCCCCUCCGGCUCCGUCCGACCAAUCCGCCCCGCAUAAACCCCCGCGACUGCCGGCGCCGCAUCCCCUCCGCUCCGGCCGGCCCGACCAGAGAGCACUGCCCACUGGCCACUGGAGUGGACUCGCGGGAACAUCUGGGCGCCGCCACUGAUCGAUCUCCUCUCCGUCCGUCCUCUACCUGGGGCAGGGCAGCUAGGUGAUCGAUGCCAAGGAAGAAGGCCAGCUCGCCCUCGCCGACCUCCACCGCCAGGGAGACUAGAAGCUCCUCCGCUCGUGGUCAUGCAUCACCAACCCCAACCCCAACCCUCAGGAGGUCCACCCGAGAAACCACAUCCAGAUUUUCUUCUUCUUCUUCGUCUUCCGCAAACAAGCACGAAGGCUCCCCCGCCAAGCAAAGUGCCAACAACAACACCGCAAAACGGAAGAUGAAUAAUGCUGCCGCAGAUACCUCCACCAGGCCAAUCAAGAAGAACAAAAAGCUAAACGCAAAGUCCUAUUUAGCACUCUUCUCCACACCCCAACAAACCGCCAAAUCCCCUCCUGCCCCUGCCCCUCCUCUCCUAGUCCAAGUGGAUGACGACAAUGCUUCCACGGUGCCUAUGCAAGACAGUGGCACUCUUCUGGAGCAUGAAGAAGCUGACACACAAGAGCAAGGUUACCAGUCUGGCUUGCACAAAGUUCCUGAGGUGGUACUGGAGGAGACUGAUGUCUCCAAGAACAAAGCUGAUGAACAUGCUUCCACUUCUGAGCCACUUAUUCCUGUUGAUCUGUGUUCAAACGAUAAUGCUUCUGAAAGCAGCCAUGGGAUGGAAGUCAAAGAGCAAACCGUGGGAUGUUCAAACCCAUGUUUUGUAACAGAUUUGCCAAAUAGGCCUUGCUCCAUUGUUCAUCAUGAAGAGGCCAAGAAGACAAUUGAAGCAGGUGAUCCCAGAGAGAUCAAAGGGGCUUCUACUUCAAAUCAGGCUUUAGUAACCCAUUCUGAUGGAACAGAUUACAACGAGUACCUGUGUGCUGUUUGCAGAAGUAGGGAAACCCCAGGAAUUCUCAAGUCUUGUGAUGGAAAAGAUUGCAAAAAUCGGUACCAUGAUUCUUGUCUGGAUCCUCCCCUGCAAUAUGUGUCGCUAGGUAUCUGGUUGUGCACCUUAUGUACUAAAAAGAGGCUCCAGUUUGGUUUAUUUGCAGUCAGUGAGGGCAUUGAAUCUUUGUGGGAUGUUAAGGAAGGAGUGCAGAACAACAAGCAGUAUUUUGUGAAGUACAAAAAUUUAGCUCAUGUACAUAAUCAAUGGCUUCCAGAAAGCGAUAUAAUUCGCACCCCAGGAGGUCAAGAUCUAAUCAACAAAUUUUGUAAGAGGAUUCAAAAAGAAAAGACAAUAAGGUGGAAGCAGGAAUGGGCUGAGCCACACCGGCUAUUGAAGAAAAGACCUCUUAUGUCUGAAAAGGAAGCUGAAGAAUUUUUUAAUUCACUUGGUGAUAAAUUUGCUUACUGUAAUGUCGAAUGGUUAGUGAAAUGGAAAGAUCUGGGCUAUGAGUAUGCAACAUGGGAGCUUGAGACUUCAUCAUUUUUAUGUACCCCUGAGGCUAAGGAUCUGAAAAGGAACUAUGAGAGCCGCCAUGAAGAUGCAAGAAGAGGUUUUGAUCCUGCAAAAAUAAAUAAGGGUAAGCAAUGUCUGUUUCAGAAACUUCAGAAGCUACCGGAUGGGUUCCCCCCUGGUUUAGACAAAGAUCAUUUGAGUUCACUUAACCGGCUCCGCGAGUUCUGGCACAAUUCUGAUGGUGCUAUUUGUCUCGAUGAUCAGGAGAGAGUAAUCAAAACCAUUCUUUUUUCUAUGUCCAUAUUGCCUGAUGUCUGCCAACCACUUCUCAUUGUCUCUACUUCUGCUUCUCUCUCAUUGUGGGAAGCUAAGUUCAAUCGCUUGGCACCAUCGAUCAAUGUUGUUGUGUAUAAUGGGGAGAAAGACGUACGCAAACAGAUUCAAGAUUUGGAGUUUUAUGAGAACGGUUUGGUGACGUUUCAAGUUCUCUUGUCCCAUCCUGAUGCCAUCCUAGAGGACAUUCAGACCAUGGAAUCAAUUGUUUGGGAGGCAGUUAUGGUUGACGAUUGUCAAAGCUUGAGAGUUUCAAAAUGCCUUGAACAACUUAAGCAUCUUUCUACCAAUUUUAGGAUGGUUCUUUUGAGUUUCCCACUCAAGGAGAGUAUUCCUGAGUACAUCAACCUGCUGUCUUUCCUCAACCCUGAAGGAAGUGUCAUUUCGAGUAGUUCAAAUGGUGAUUUUACUGAUACAGGUGAUAUCUUAGCAACGCUGAAAGAAAAAUUUGCUCGUCAUGUUGCAUUUGAGCGGAAAGCAGAUUCUUCAAAAUUUUUGGAGUACUGGGUUCCUGCUCGUCUUUCACGAGUGCAGCUAGAAAUGUACUGUUAUACCUUACUUUCAAACUCCCCAGCACUCCGAUCACACUCAAGAACUGAUAGUGUUGGUGCUCUUCGUGACAUUCUUGUAUCCCUCCGGAAGUGCUGUGACCACCCUUACCUGGUUGAUCAAUCACUGCAAAGCUCACUUACUAAGGGCCAUUCUCUGACUGAUAUUCUAGAUAUUGGAGUGUGUGCAAGUGGCAAGCUACUGCUGCUUGAUAAAAUGCUCCAAGAGAUCAGAAACCAAGGCCGGAGAGUUCUCAUUGUUUCCCAGUCUGGUGGCGGGGCUGGCAACCCUAUGGGUGACAUUUUGGAUGAUUUUGUCCGUCAGAGAUUUGGUUUUGAGUCAUAUGAGCGUGUAGAACGCGGAUUGCUAGUGCCGAAGAAACAAACAGCACUGAAUAUGUUCAAUGACAAAACUAAGGGGCGUUUUAUUUUCUUGAUUGAUAGUCGUGCUUGUGUUCCAAGCAUUAAAUUAUCAUCUGUCGAUGCCAUCAUCAUAUAUUGUAGUGAUUGGAAUCCAACCAAUGACUUGAGAGUUCUCCAGAGGAUCAGUAUAGAGUCUCAAUCUGAAUGUGUGCCUAUUUUUCGCUUGUAUUCGUCUUGUACGGUGGAGGAAAAGACUCUUAUACUAGCGAAGCAUGAUCAUAUUCUUGACAGCAACGUCCAGAAUGUAAUGCCUAUCGUGAGCCAUUCCCUGCUUAGUUGGGGUGCAUCGUUUCUCUUCAAUAGACUUGAGGAGUUCCAAAAGCAUGACUACUCCAGUAAAGAUUCUGAGGAUGAUGGUCUCUUCAUGAAUAAUGUAUUUUUGGAGUUUGCAGCGAAACUAUCCACCAACGUUGAAGCCAGCACUAAAAUGGAAAAUGCAGUCAUAUCUCGAGCUCAGCAGAGUGGAUCGUUUUAUUCUAGAGAUAUUGCUGUUAUAAGCGAGAGGGAGGGAAUAUCUGCAGUUGAUGGUGAUUUGCCAAAGUUCUGGACCUUCUGGUCAAAUUUACUAGGUGGGAGGUCUCCUCAUUGGCAAUAUAUAUCUGAGCCAGUGCAAAGGAACCGUAGGAAGAUACAAAAUAUGGAAGACCAAAUGAGAAUACCUGCAGAAGAAACUGAUGAAGCAAUAAUGAAACGUAGAAAAAUCGGAGAAAUCAUGGAUUCAUCUCCGAAGAUCCUACCUGUCAAAGACAAUGAUGCUGUGCUGCCUGAAAAUAGUACAGCAUCCAGUUCUCAUGAAACAUCAGUUGAUGACACUUGGCAAGAGCUAGGGGCAGAAAGCCUUCAGGGCACACAGAAAGGUCUUCACACCCAACUCAAGCCAGAGCUGUCAAAGUUGUAUGAAUUGUUGGAAUUGCCGGAGACUGUCAAAUGUUUAUGUGAGGAAUUACUUGAUUACAUUUUGAAGAAUCAUCAAGUCAGUCAGGAGCCAAAGGGCAUAUUGCAUGCAUUCAACAUUGCCCUGUGUUGGCGUGCUGCUUCUCUCUUAAAGCAUAAGAUCAAUCGAAGAGAGUCACUUGCCCUUUCUGUGAGAAACUUGAACUAUGAGUGCGAUGAAGUGCUCGCUGAAUAUGUUUAUGAGAAGCUAAGGAUCCUCAAGAAAAAGUUUUCGCGUAGAGCAAGUGAAACAAGCAAGCAGAGCCAAUCUACUCCAGUAAAUAACACAUCAUCUUACAAACAACAGACCUCACCGAAAUUGAGAAGUGACGGAUCAAUUUGUCAUCAGGUAACGACAAUUGAUGGUGAUUUGGAAAAUGUUUCACAUGAAGAGGCUCCACAUGAUAUCUUGACCGAGGAGAUGAUAUUAGAACAGAAGGAAUUGAUAUCUGUUCUAGAAACUCAUAGAGAAGAACAUGUUUUAAGGGAUGAACUUCUUGAAAGAAUCACAGAGAAAAGAAUUAAUUUAAUUAACAUGGUUUUCUCCUUAAGAGAAAAGAAUAUUCAGGAUAAACAAGGAAACGAGACCACACUGUUAGACAUGCACAAGCAAAAGGAAGUGGCAAAGCUGCAAGAAACAUGCAAUUUGGUCGUGGAACAUCUUCGUAAAGGUCACAUUGAUUCAGAGGACAGGGAUGCCACGGUGAAGCUAAUAAUUGAAUGGUUUACUUUGCUUCUGUAUGCAUUUUUGAAUCACAUGAGAUGCCAGCAUAACAAGUUGAAGAUGCAGCAAUCAACUUCAUGGAACAAGGAGUUACAAUUGAAGGAAAUUUUCCUUCAGCAAGCAAAAUCUGGCCACUUAGAUCGUAGCUUUGAUCAACAAAUUCCUUUACCAGAUUCAUGCUUUACUUUGGAAGAAUUCAGCCACUUCAAGGAAAUAGUUGGUAAUUUCCCUGUCGGUGCAGCUACUUCAGCAAAUUGCCAGCAUUCUUUGGCAUCAACCAUGGAAAUUGCAUUGGUCCGGAGUGUCAGUCCAUCUGAAGUUGGGAAUUCAGAAGCAGCGAUAAAUGGGGCUGUUGAAGUUCCUGUCCACACCGAAAAAAGACCAACAUCAGAAGUUGGGUUGUCGCAGAACAGGAUGGACAAUGAUUCUGAUGGCAUUGACUCACAAGGAGGGCCACCUCUGGCUGUUCAACAUUCAUUAAGUUCUAAUCCUGCAAUUGACAAUUCCAAUAAUUUGGAAUCUUCAGUUGCCAGCCAUAGAAGCGAACAUCUUGGGGAUAUUGCAGUGGAAGUUAAUGCCGACAAUUGUGGCACUACUCUUGCAGAUUCACCUCACUUAGAGGCACCAACUGUGGCUGCCCUGCCCAGCCAGAGUGCCUUGCCAAUGGCUAUGGAAGUUGACAUUCAGACAGAUCAUGUAGUUCAGUCUGCCCAGCAGAACAUAGUGACAGGACGAGUUCCACAAGAAGAAGAGCGAGAAGGUUCGACCACUGUAACAUCAGCUCAGCCUUUGCAACCUGAAAUGCGACCAUCAAGUCCAGUAUCCGGUAUUUUGCGUGAAAGAACAAAUCCUGAUCAGAGGAGGGAAAGUCGUCAGCCAGAGGCUGCACCUAGUUCGGUGGAUCCAACACAACUCUUUCCCGUGGCAUCACUGAUGUUUAAUCACCCACCACUUGGCAAUGAACCAUUGAAAAAUGAGCUGCACAGAUUACAAGUACACAUGGAUUCUCUUAAUAAAAUCUACGAACUGAAGAAAUCACAACUUCAAACGGAGUGCAGCCAAGAAAUCGAGAAGAUAAAACAGAAGUAUGAUUUGUUAAUUAAAGAACAAGACUCCGCUCAUCAUCAGCACAGGAAGACACUGGAUGACUUGUAUGGGAAAGUUCUCCUAAACCAAUCACUAGCUGAUGAUUUUCGGGUCAAAUUUGUAUCAACAUCUGCAGCUCAAGCCAGAGCCGUUUCUCCUCCACUUUGCCAGACAACUCGCCAGACAGCUGGGGUAUCUCAGCAGGUACCAACUAGGCCUUCGGUGGCUGGAUCGAUUGCAUUGCCAGUCGGUUCAUCAUCAGCUAGUCGACCAUCGCUGCAGAGGCAUUGUGCUCAACCAUCGCAUGUGGAUCGGUCAUCAUCAUCGGGGGGGAGUCAUUCAUCAUCGCCAUCUUCACAAGUUGUACGACCUCCCCCAGCAAUACUAGGCAGCGUUGUCAGGGCAACAUCAACUCCUUUUAGUCACACACCUGCAGCCCGUGGAAACUAUGGAGUUGGGAGUGAAGUAGCACGGGCACCAGCUCCCCAUCUCCAGUUCAGGCUGCCACGAGCACAUCCCACGGCCCCUGUAAAUCAGCAGCAGCGGCAGCUCCCAGUUAGGCUAGAGAGCACAUGUUCAAGGACACAGUUGACUCCUGUGAGCACCCCAGUAAACGCAAGGCAGUUGAGUUCACAAUCAGUUUCCCCGGUGAGCAAUUCAUCAUCAUCGUCAAGCUCACAUCCAGGUCCAGCACUCUCAAAUCCAGCCUUGGCAGCAAAUUCAAGUUCAAAUCCAGUUUUGAGUGCAGGCACAGUGGCAUUGCCGCCAAGUCCACACCCACCCGAGUCGAUAGCAGCACCAAGGGGACAGCAAAAGGGGGCACCGUCAGGCUUGAAUACAGUGCCUGUUGUAGGCUCGGGUUUGCCGCCAAGUAGGUCCAUGUCAGAUUCGGUGUCGCUGGAUGCAUGGCUUACAUCCAAUCUUGGUCUGAAGGACGGUGAAACCAGCACACCUCGCACUCGCAUGGAUAGUCAUCGUACAGUAGAUGUGGUGUGCUUGUCCGAUGACGAACCAGAAGAGCACUAGAGCUAGAGCUAGACUGACCUGACUUUUGUAGUACAGCAGUAUUUUCUUGGAAUGCCAUUUUUUGCCUGCCUGGCACAAGGAGCUGAAUUUGGCCGGACUGGUGGCUUGCAUGUAUAUGUUGUUACUACUAGUUUGUUAUUAGUAGUACCAUUCCAUUCUAGCUUAGCUUGUAAGCUGGGUGGGUUGGGGUUCCCUUCCCUCCAGGCCUUGUGCAGCAUGCCUAGUAAGGUCUGCUAGGGUAACUUAGGUUGUUGUAAAUAGUACUAAGUAAUUAGUACUGUACAAGUAAUAACUUGCUAACCAGCCAACCAGGAAGUGAAUUAAGCAUGGUGGUAAUGGCCUCCUUGGUUGCUUGAUUGGUUGUAGUCGACGACCUUUUGGUUUACUAAUAUACUUGUGUC